GAAAACGUCUGUACACAAAAAAAAUAAAAAUAAAAUGGGAGAGAGAGAGGAAGUAAAACUAUUGGGAGUAUGGUACAGUCCAUACGCCAUAAGACCAAAGAUCGCUCUUCGUCUCAAAUCAAUCGAUUAUGAUUACGUUGAAGAAGAUUUGUUUGGAUCAAAGAGUGAGCUACUUCUUCUCAAAUCGAACCCGGUGACACAUCAACUUAGGUCAAACGAAUCCAGUAACUACUUUUAUGUCUUGGUUUACAUCAGGGACGCGCGCAAAGCAAACGUAAAUAAGCAAUUGCAGCUUAUAUGUUAUUCCUAAACUCCUGUUUUAAGAAUGCAGUGGUUUCCGGCUUUGAGAGUGGCUGCGAUCACCAAAUCAGAAGACACAAAAGCGAAAGCCAUGGAAGAAGUGGAAGAAGGAUUGUUGCAACUCGAGGAUGCGUUUGUUUCUCUAAGCAAAGGGAAACCCUUUUUUGGUGGUGAAGCAAUCGGGUAUAUGGACAUUUGCUUUGGAAGCUUGGUGGUUCUCUUGAAGGCUAGAGAGAAGUUUAAAGCAGAAAAGCUUUUAGACGAAACAAAAACUCAUUCUCUUUGUAAAUGGGCCGACCAGUUCUUAUCCGAUGAAACAGUGAAGAAUGUGGUGCCGGAGAUCGAUAAAGUAGCUGAGUUUCUACAAGAUCUUGAAGUUAGAGCUCAAUCAGCAGCUUCAAGAUCUUAAGAUUCUCUUAGAAAUGUAUUGCAAUGCGUACAUGUAAAAUGAAAUAAGCUGAAGUUUGCUAGGAUUUAUAUAAUGAUGCAAUCUAUGGACUAUUUUCAGUUUAUGUUUGUCGAAA